GAAGUCAUCAUUCCGGUGUCGCUAUUAGCUUUACUAACCAAUUCAAUAGUAGAUGGAAAUGCGGUGCAUGCUCGAGAAAUGGCGAAACGGCAGAGCUCACGAGUAACAUUUCUACCAACACUGGAUACGUUUACAAUACCACAAGGAAUCGAAGCAUUAGGAGGAGUGAUAAACGAGAUUGACUAUAGAAGUGUUCGUGGAAUUACGUGGCGGCUAUUACCUCAACAUAUUCAACAUGCUAUAGAUAGUGAGUAUAUCGCACAUCUUCCGGUGCUAUUUUUUGUGCUGAUUAUUGUGGAGAGAGCCGUGUUAAUUGUGCAUGAACGAGACAACGGUACAAUUGCAAUUUUAGAUUCUCAUUCGCACAUGCAAGGUAAAAAAGGUAAGAUUAAAAUUUUUCGACAGCCUGCAGAUGCUGAAAUUGUGAUAGGUGAGCGAAGAAAAAGGGACAGAGAACAGUUUCUUACAUGCUUCCUCCUCUUCCUCAUACGCUCGCAACCUCUACUUGGGGGAAUCAUGAGCUAA